AUGGCGAAGUGGCUUAGGCUCCCAAUAAGCCAGCAUGGGAGUAUGGGGACGCAGAUGGGUACGAUGAUACCGGUGAAGCGUCUACUAGUGUUUCUGAGGGAAAGACCGAAAAUGGAAAGCAGAACGGGGAAGGUAAGUUCUUACUAUCCCCAAUUUGCGGUAAUGUUAUUCACUGUCAUUUUCUGUGAUUCUCCAGGCAAACCGGGAAAGCCUGUAAAACAAUUUAUGGAUGGCCUUGUACGUGAUGUUGUUUUAGUCACUGAUCCGUUGAAGAAAAAGAUGUUGCAAGGAAAGGUAGCUCUAGCGCUUUUUGCGGCAGUAGCUGCGACGAGUUUUUUUCUUUUUUAUAAAAAUGAGAAAUCUCAGAUCAAAGAGCUGUGCGGAGCUAAACGAGAUGGGUUUCCUGGUCUUCAGCCGGUUUCUCUUGAAAGAUCACGUGAGGCUGAUAAUAUGAAGCUUCUGGCUCAGCGACCUUACAUGGUUUCAUGGAAGGCGGAUGGAAUGAGGUACAUGGUCUAUAUCUGUGAUAAGAAUGAAAUAUACGCAUUUGAUCGAGAUAAUGAGGUGUUUUUGAUACAAGGUCUAACGUUCCCACACAGGAAACUACCAAGGCAUAUAGUAAACACGCUAGUUGAUUCAGAAAUGAUAAUUGAUCACGUCAAAGACGAGCAUGGAAACAUGAGAGACUUGCCACGAUUGUUAAUAUACGAUAUCAUUCACUUUGAGGACAUACACGUUGGCAAAGAAAAUUUCGACAUUCGCUUCAAGUGCAUUCGACGAGAACUCAUCGAGCCGAGAAAUGCAGCCAUUAUGGCAGGUCGCAUUCGCAAAGAGAGGGAACCAAUGUCAGUGCGCGUCAAGGAUUUUUGGGAGUUGGAAGCUCUGCCAAAACUAUUCGAGCCUAAAUUUACAAAGAAUGUUGGGCAUGAAAUUGACGGAUUGAUUUUGCAGCCUGUUGAUGUG